AGCAACUCUGAUACUCGAGUGGUUUGUAAACGCAUAAAAUUAUGACAGCUUUGCGUUUCUGUUUUAUUAUCAGAAAAAAAAAAAAAACAAAUGAAUUUGUGAAAACUAACUCGCAUUAAAAGUUAAAUAUAUCAUCCGUGGAUUCUAAGUAAGAAGUGAAUUUUAGAGAACAAAGUUGUGCUUUUAUUUAAAAUAAAAACACAUCGUGAAUAUAGGUACCAAUUAGAGAAUUAGGUCAUAUAUUUGAGAUAAUGAAUGUAAUUGGAAAACAAUUAAAUUCUCUUCAAUCGGGCAAUAGUUCAAGUUCGGUCAACAAUGAAAAGUCUGUUGAUUUGUGCACUAUAACGCCAGAGGAUGUACUACGAUUAAAUACAAUUACCGAAGAUUACUUAUGUUCGCCCAGUGCAAAUGUAUAUGAAAUUGAUUUCACUCGUUUUAAGAUACGCGACUUGGAAAGCGGUGCCGUUCUGUUUGAAAUUGCGAAGCCACCGAGCGAACAAUUUGUUGAAGGUACCAUAGACACUUUAAUGGCUGCCACUGAGGAAUUAUCGUUGGAGGAUACUGCCGAUCCAAAUGCUGGAAGAUACGUACGUUAUCAGUUUACACCGGCGUUCCUAAACCUAAAAACAGUUGGUGCAACGGUUGAAUUUACAGUUGGAAGUCAACCAGUUAAUAAUUUUCGAAUGAUCGAACGUCAUUUCUUUCGGGAUCGACUUUUAAAGACUUUUGACUUCGAGUUUGGAUAUUGCAUUCCAUAUUCAAAAAACAGCUGUGAGCAUAUCUAUGAAUUUCCCAAUCUUCCUUCUGAUCUUGUUGCUGAGAUGAUAUCGAAUCCUUUUGAAACGCGAUCGGAUAGCUUUUACUUUGUCGACAAUCGUUUGGUGAUGCAUAAUAAGGCAGAUUAUGCUUACGAUGGUGGAAUGGCUAUAUAAUCAACUGUCAAGUAUCUUAAAUUAUCGUGUAGCUGUACACUUUAAUCUUUAUGUUUGUUCAGUUGGUAUCUACAAUGAAGGAAACUGGUAUUCAAUUAACGAACAUUAAAAAAGGAUAUUGCGGAAAAUCGGUAAAAAGGAAACGUUUUUGUACCCUAUUAUAACUUGCAAUAAGAGGCAUAUUCAAAUGGUGAAAUAUGGUGAAAUAUCGUUUCCCUAUCUACUAUGCCAUAGCACCGAAACGCUUUGCAUUUUCGUCACAAUUUAAAAAUUUGAUUUAGAGAAUGAUCGUAAGUCCUUUUUCAUACCUACCACCAAGAAGGGUAUCCGUAUCCGUAUACGUAUACGUAUCCGUAUCCGCAUGUCAUUCCGUAUAAUAUUUAGAUAUACUGUGCGAAGAUCUCAUAGUCUUGAUACGAGUGAAUUUUUGGAUUAAAAACAAUAUUCAUAAAAAUCAAAAUCUUAUAUUAAGUCCGGAUAAGUGGCAUUGAAAAUAAACGAUAUCGGUUUACAUUUGCACCCACACGGUCUGGAAAAAGACUAAAAAAAAAAUUACAAAUAAUUUAAUUUGCAAAUAAUAAAGAAUUGAUAAAUCGUAUUUAUUAAAAACUGUAACCAAAACACUCAAUGAUUACCAAACUCUUCUUCUUAUACAUUUGAAUUUGAAUGAAACAUUACAUAUAUAUUGUCUGGCGAUAAGGAAAAUCAAUAAUAUAAUAAUUUUCAAAUAGAUUUUGCAAACAAUAAUUUUCUACAAGUUUAAAGCAAUGAACAGAAGUGGUGGGUGGGUAUCGAAAUAUUCGGCUUAACUCGAAUGUAGCUAUUUUUUAUUUAUUUUUUUUUUAUUUUUUAUUAGAAUAUACGUUUUCUUAAAUAAUAUACAACAACAAAACACACAAUCUAAAUAAUGGUCGAUAAUCAUAGGCGAUGGAUGGCCCGCAUUCCAAGCGACAAUGCUUUUUGUUAACUUGGCCUUCUUUUUUUAUAAACAUAUACACAAAAGAAAAAAAAAAGAAAAAACAAGAAAGAGAAUAACUG